AUGAUGCUGUCAUUGUGUCAGCAGGUUCUUAUGGGUGCCAAAAACUCACGUUUAGGGGUUGCGAUACUACACACGUCUGAAAGAAUGCACCACGCGGAUGAAAAUAGGUUGCGAAAAUCUACAAAAACAUUAGCAGGAAACGUGCUCUUGGUAGUAACAUACUAA